AUGCGCUUCACCACUGCUGUCCUCUGGGCAGUCCUCGCCGUGUCCGCUCUUGGCCAGGACCCAGGCAAUUCCACUAUCGCAACCUCAGCUGACACUGCUGUCGCCACGACCGACAACGUCGUCUCCACCCCUACCACAGGCGCCAGCCCCUCCACAGACGUCAUCCCCACCGACGUGCCGACGUCCACUGACACUGGCGCUGGGAAUGGCACCGUUACUGGUGCUCCCAACGCCACGGUGACCGAGGCGCCAGCGACAACGACAGCCCCGCCACGGCCGCCAACCUAUGUCCAGUCGUCGAUUUGGUCUUACCCUCAGCCUCCCAUCCCCCACACCACCAAUUCAGCACCGGCCUCUGUCUUCACCGCCUCUGGAGGUGGUGUCAUUGCCAACUUCCACAGGCCCCAGACCCGCCACUACAACUUCAACAUUGGUUUCUCGGCCGGCAAGCCCAGCGGUUUCCUUCGUCGCAUGACGACGAUCAACAACCAGUUCCCUGGUCCCCUUAUCGAGGCCAACCAGGGAGACACCAUUGUAGUCAAUGUCAAGAACAACCUCGACUACCCCCAGGGCAUCCAUUGGCACGGCAUUACGCAGAACGGGACCAACUGGGCGGACGGUGUUCCUGGCAUUUCGCAGUGCCCCAUCCCGGCAGGUGGCUCUUUCACCUACCGCUUCACUCUGGACAGCGAGUGGGGUACCUUCUGGUACCACUCGCACUAUGGAAACACUCUCGCUGAUGGUGUCUGGGGUGCGCUCAUCAUCCACUCCAAGAACGACCCUCUCAAGAAGGGUUUCCUCCUCGGUGGCGAUUUUACGGACGAGAGGAUCAUGUAUGUCAACGACUUUUACCACGACCAGACCGACUUGAUUAUCCCCCGCAUGCACGCCUGGGGUUUGGGUUACCGUGGCGCAAACAUUCCACAGAUGCCCGAUGCCAUCUUGAUCAACGGCCUUGGCCAGGAGAACUGCAGCAAGGCCCAACCCGGUGUCUCGUGCACCCAGAACAGUCCCGCGGUCAUCAAGGGCAAGAUUGGUACCAGGAUCCGUUUCCGUGUCAUCAACCCCGGCUCCCUUACCCAGAUUCGCAUCUCCAUUGACAACCAUGUGCUGAAGGUUGUCGAGGUCGACGACACUCCCAUUCAACCGCUCUUCAUCCAUGAGAUCGGAAUUGACCCGGGACAGCGCUACUCGUUCAUCGUCAAUCUUAACCAGGGCGGUCUCUUCAGCUCCUUCUGGAUCCGUGCCAGCGUCUCCGCAGCGUGUGUCUUCCGUGGCAAAGAGAUGGUCGGUAAGGCCAUUCUCCGCUACACCGACUGGUUUGGAAUUGCUUGGUCCAACGCGCAGCCCACCACUAGCGCUUGGCCGGACCUUGACGACCCCCUGACGGCCCCGUGUAAGGAUCUUGACAACCUCUACACGGUUGCUCCUCUUCAGGCCGAGGCUGCCCCGACGAACCCGUACAUGACGAGCCGUCUCGACUCGUCCCUGGGCAUCUUCUUCGACUACGAGGGCCACCCGUUCAAUGGUCUCGGCUUCAACCCUUACAACACUGCCAAUGACAGCCAGGUUUCGUUCACCAACUACAUCAACAACCCACUUCUGAGGCAGAUCGAAAAUGGUCUGACGCUCAACGCUUCACGCGUUGCAUCGCACACGUUCCCAGACUAUGGUGUCGUCGACAUUAUUGUCAACCAGCGCGACAUUGGUCUGGCUCACCCCUUCCACCUUCACGGACGCAAGUUCUACAUUGUCGCUCGUGGCGAUGGUCAGAUCACACCCGACACGGUUGCCAGCGCCAACUGGAACCUGGGAAACCCACUUCGCCGUGAUACCUUGACCAUCCCUAGCAACAGCUAUGCCAUCCUCCGCCUCAUCACCGACACUCCUGGCGUUUGGCCUAUUCACUGCCACAUUGGCUGGCACCUUUCUGAGGGCAAGCUCGCCGCAAUGGUCGUGCGUCCGGACGCGAUCAAGGGUUUCAGCCAGCCUGCCGCCUGGCAGGGUCUCUGUGCUGGAACGGACAUCAACGAGGUUGCCCCUGGUCGUCGUGACUACACCCCUCCCCAAGGCCGCUCUGCUCGUGACCGUGAAGCUACCCUUGAGGAGCGCGAGGCCAACGUGCUUCAUAUCAAGGGUGACCUUCCCACUCCCGUUGCACGUGCUCAAGUUACCGCCCCUCCUCAGAGGCGUGCAGACGGAGCCGCCGACACCCCUUACUUCUCGAUGGACCGUACCACGUUUGUCCUCAUCAACAGCGGCAUCACUGUCACUGGUACCGCCACUGAAGCGCCAAGUGCUGCCGCAAACGCCGUCGGUAUUGCUGCUUCUGCGCCCACUGGCUCCGAUGCUGCCGACUCAUAUGCUACGCUCACUAACCGACCCGCCGGUGCCGUAUGGUCCGGCCUCGGUGCUGUUGCUACCACCGUCCAGGCCAGCGCUGGCCCCAACCCCUCUGCGGCUGCAGGUGCCCAGUACGGCUCAGUUACCGGCUCGCUCAACCCUGCGGCAAACCUCGUCACUGCCCAGACAGCCAACGCUGCCCCUGUGGACUCGAUUCUCCUCAACACUGCCUCCGGUCCCGUCGCCUCGGCCCCUACUGCCGUUGAGUCCACCCCGGCUGUUGUGAAUGCCAGUGUUCCUACCAGCGUCACAGUUGCCAAGGAAUUUCCCCCUGCUGUGACCACGGCCGCCAAGAACAAACACCACGAGGGUUAA